AUGACCGCUUCUACGUUUGAAACACCUAUUGGAAAGGGUAUUUACACCCCAGUUCCCACCUUCUUCACAGGCGAAAACUAUGAAUUAGAUCUUGAAAGUCAAAUUGCCCAUGCUAAGUUUUUGUAUAGCAGCGGGAUAAACGGUGUUGUAACUGGUGGAUCAAUGGGAGAAUCUAUUCAUUUAACUAGACAAGAGAGACUCGAAAUCGUCAAGGCUAUCAGAUCAGCUGUACCAAGUGAUGAGUUCAAGAUUAUCUCCGGUAUGCCAUACACAAAUAUUCCUGACACUAUUGCCGAAAUUAAAGCCUUGAAAGAUGCUGGUGCCAAUUAUACUAUUUUAUUGACCCCUGGAUAUUACGGUAACUCUUUAACUACUCAACAAGGCAUCAUAGACUAUUUUACUUUGGUCGGUGACAAGCUGGCUUUACCAAUUGUUAUUUAUCACUACCCAGGUGUUAGUAACGGUACUGAGAUCAACCCCGAGACUUUUGAAGUGUUGCUGAAACACCCUAGUAUCGUUGGUGUGAAAUUAACCCAUUUCAAUAUGGACAAAUAUGUUCUUUUGACUGGAAGAGUGGAAGAGAAUAAAGCCAACAACUUCAGACCAUUCACUGGAUUGGGUCAAAUUUUGGUCCCAUCUUUAGCUAUUGGAGCUUUUGGGGCCAUUGAUGGUUUAUCUGGUGUAUUCCCCAAAUCUAUGCUCAAGCUUUUUGAACUUUUCAACAAUAAACAAUAUGAAGAAGCCCAAAAAUUACAGUUCUUGGUCACCAGGGCUAAUCAAAUGGUUUUCAGCCUUAACUUGAUUGGUGUCAAACAUGCAUUAAACGUUAUUCAUGGCUUUGGUGAUUCAAACGUGUCUGGGAGACCCCCAUUGAACCAUCAGGUGGAUUUGAAAGUGUGGAACAAGUACGAAGACGAUAUCAAAAAAUUAGGAGAGUUUGAAAAAUCUCUUAGUUAA